UUCCCCCUGGGCCAGAGCCACAACCAACCCGGCCAACAGGUUCCAUCACCCUGCCCAAGUGCCCAUGCUCCCUGCCUCAUCUUCCACCCACGGUUUUCUCUCAAACCUUCGGCUCGUCUGCUCCACACCAAUCACCUCACCGAUGAGUGCUAAACAUAUAUAUAUAUACACAUAUCUUCAUUGCAUCCGGCCUCCAUCGACCAACAAACUCGACUCGAGUAACCCAUUAACGAAUUAAUGCUAGCUGACACAUGCGUGCAGGUGCAGGUGCAGCUCCGAUCCGGUUCUUUGUGUGAGCUAGCUAGCUCAGCUCGAUCGAGAGAGAGAGAGAGAGAGACCAUGCAUGCAUGUCCAGCAAGUUAAUUGAUUAGCUGGUUGGUGUGGUGUAUUAGCUUGAGCUAUAUAGGUGUAAAUUAAGAUGGCGGAAGAGAUCAUCGCCGGUGGCGCGGCGCCGGCGACGGUGGUGGUGGAGGAGGAGGAGGAGCGGUACGUGGAGGUGGCGUCGAGGUUCUACCGAGUGAGGCCGGGCGAUGGCGCCACCGGCGGCCGACGCCGCCGUCUCCACUUCCUCGAGUCGUGCUUCCUCUGCAAGAGCAGCAUCGCCGGCGACCGCGACAUCUUCAUGUACAGGUUUCAUGGAUGCAGAGGGGACGCGGCGUUCUGCAGCGACGAGUGCAGGCAGGAGCAGAUGGACAUGGACGAGGCGCUUCAGACGGUGGCGCGCCGCCACCGCCUCCUGUGCAAGCCGUCCACCUCGCCGAGCGCCGCCGAGGCGGCGGCGAGGCCUCCGAUGAUGCACCGGCGGCCGACCAUCGCCAACCUCGCGGCGCGCACUCCCGUGGCCGCCACCAGCUAGUGUCGGAACCACUAACCUGCACGCAUCGAUCAUCGAUCAAACGCCAAAAGUUAAACCGCUGUGUACUGUGUAGCAUAGAUAGCUGGGUAGAUCCAUGGAAUAUAUAUACAUAGCUCCGUGUUUUUUGCCAACUUAAUUUUGUUUUGUGGUUUGAUUUCACGGUUCCUGCGAUCAGGUUGCAGCUAGUAGCUAGCAGCUACCAAGACCAUGGAUUAAUUUCUGAUUGUUACAAUAGAUUGUAGAGUAUGGUGAUCUUGCAUAGCUGCACGCAUGCAUGGAAGAGAGAUCAUCAGAGGGAAAUGGUCAGAAUAUCAGGCCAAAAGCUGGACCUGAUGUAUGAACAACUUGCAGUCUUGGUGAUGGACUGUUUCAUCCAUGUUGGCACUUGCCAGCAGCAACUCCUAACUUGCAUGGAGGAGUCAUGUAACAUUCGUUUUGUACAUACUACUACAAAUUAUCAGCUAUGCUAUGUGAUGUGAGAUUAUGAGAUCAAGAUUAAUUUUGCCCUUGUAACUUUUCCAUGAAGUUC